CGAACCCGCGAGUGUGAACGCUUUCUAGAAACUUGGCGUCUACCCUUUCUCUCUGAAGAAUAAAAGCCAAAAUUGGUCGCAUUCGUCAACGACCUCUUCUUAUACCAAAAACCCAUCUUUGAAAAGCUCAAGGAAAAAAUCCCAAUUCAAGAAAUUAGAGGGAAAGAAAGAUGGGAUUGGUUGAUCUUGAGAAGCACUUUGCUUUCUAUGGUGCAUACCACAGCAAUCCUCUGAAUAUCUUCAUUCACAUGGUGUUUGUUUGGCCAAUCUUUUUCACAGCUCUUAUGCUUUUCUAUUUUACUCCAUCAGUUCUUAAGACAGUUCCUCCGAUUGUGUUGUGGGAUCAUAGUUUGUUGGUUUUCAAUUUUGGGUUCUUGUUUACUUUGAUUUAUGCUCUGUUCUAUGUGGCUUUGGACAAGAAAGCUGGGUCUUUGGCCGCUUUGCUUUGUUUUGCUUGUUGGGUUUUCAGCAGUUCUAUUGCUUAUCGCUUGGGGUACUCUCUGGCUUGGAAGGUUGUUUUGGCAGCUCAGUUAUUUUGUUGGACCGGACAGUUCAUUGGCCAUGGAGUUUUUGAGAAUCGAGCGCCUGCUCUAUUGGACAACCUCACUCAAGCAUUCCUCAUGGCACCUUUCUUUGUAUUGUUUGAGGCUCUCUCUUUCUUUGGCUAUGAACCAUAUCCUGGUUUCCAUGCUCGUGUGAAGACAAGGAUAGAUUCAGAAAUCAAAGAAUGGCAGGACAAGAAACAGAAGAAAGUAUAUUAAUAUCUGUAAUAUCGUGUCGAACCAAAUCGUUGAAGGUUCUAAUGUCUGUAAGCAACAUGAAACACAAGCUUCUACGGUCAAGAUUCAACUGUUUGCAUAAUUCUCACCAUCAUCUUAUCUUCGUGGUGUAAAGUUCUGGUCAUUGGAUUUGUGUUUUGGAACUGAUGUACUUAAAGAGAAAUUAGCCAAUGCUCGUGUGUUUCUUACUUGUGGAUUUUCUUUUCAUUGUCCCCCUUUUUUUGGGUGGGAAACAAUUUGAAACCUCCUCCCAAGAUACAAAUUUGAAUGAUUAAGUUGUACUUGAUGUUAUA